AUGAAAUGGUAAUGAGUUCUCAGAGGUGUCCCUUAUCACCUGGCCAGGCAUUUGUUAUUGUUUACUCAGGAUUAUAUUCUAUAUACAGAAUCUUUACUGGGACACACCUUAUAUGAAACAACACUGAGGUAAAGGGCAGCUGAGUUGAUUUUCUGAUUGUGAAAUCUCCUGUCCUUCUGUCUCUCUGCCAGCUUGAUCCGGGGCUUAUUUACAAGAGAAUAAAAAAGUGUGCGCCUGCGCAUACGUAUGUGCUCUUAAAAUCUUUUGUAGGCUGUCCUCCUGCCCUCAGUUUCAGACUUCUUUUCUGCAGAAGGGAAGUGUGCUAAAACAGACUGGAAGAGUGACCAGAAAACAAGAUAGAUCUCCUCACUUAUGGGGAAAACCACCAAGAGAUUUUUAAAGAACCAGAGGUGCCCCUUAGAAGGAAACUACCAGGAUGAAUCUCAAAGUGGGGAGCCAAUCCUUGGAAAUACAGUGCAACUCACAGCAGCAAGGAAAAUGUGUUUGAAAGAAGCCUUAGGCAGCAUGUCCAGAAUCAUUCAAUCCUUGGAAAUUACUCACGGUUGUGGUUGAGGAGUUCUGGGCAUUUUCUGUGGGCCUAGCAGAGAAGCAGCAGCCCUGUAGCAAUGGGUGAGAAGAGGGGUAUGGCACGGAUGCUACUGGAAUGCAGUCUCAGCGACAAAUUGUGUGUGGUCCAGGAGCAGCAGUAUGAAGUGAUCAUUGUCCCGACUCUCCUGGUUGGCCUCUUCCUCAUCCUUCUUGCAGUCAUCUUGUGGCUUUUUAUAAGAGAACAAAGAUCCCAACAGCAGCGUCCUGGAAUUCGAGGCAGUGCUGCUGGGCCUCCAUCUAGGAGUCCAAGUUGGGAAGCAACAGGACGUGGAGGAAAAGUUCUGGUGCCACUUCAGGAGACAUCAGUGGAAAGUUUUCUGAGAGCUUCCACAUCUGCCUUGUCUAAGCUGCAGGUGCCCCGAGAGCAAGUCUCAGAAGUUUUGGAGCAGAUCUAUAAUGGCAGUUAUGGGAUCAUCUAUCGAGCCAAGAUGUGUACUGGGGACCCUGCUAAGCCCAAAAAUAUUGUCCUCAAGACUUUAAAAGAACCUGCUGGGCUCCAUGAGGUGCAGGAUUUUGUAGGACGAAUCCAGUUCUAUCAGUACCUGGGGAAACACAAGAAUCUAGUACAACUGGAAGGCUGCUGCACAGAUAGGCUGCCACUCUAUAUGGUGUUGGAGGAUGUGGCCCAGGGGGACCUGCUCAGCUUUCUCUGGACCUGUCGCCGGGAUGUGAUGACCAUGGAUGGGCUUCUCUAUGAUCUCACAGAAAAGCAAGUCUAUCACAUUGGAAAGCAGGUCCUUUUGGGUCUGGAAUUUCUGCAGGAUAAGCAUCUGUUCCAUGGGGAUGUGGCAGCCAGGAAUAUCCUGAUCCAAAGUGAUCUGACUGCUAAACUCUGUGGAUUGGGCUUGGCUUAUGAAGUUCAUGCCCUUGGAGCCAUCUCUUCUGCUCGGACCAUCCCUCUCAAGUGGCUUGCCCCAGAACGGCUUCUCCUGAGACCUGCUGGCAUCAGAGGAGACAUGUAUGGUUUGUUCCUGCCCUUUGGAUAUAUUCUCUUCAUGACCUGAGUGUUCUCCCUGAUUAUUAUUAGGUGUAUUGUCAAGUAUGUCUACAAAUGAGAUCUAUACUCAGAAGUCAGAAAUACUCUCAAGAAGAAAUGUUAUGAUACAGAGUACAUGUUUGGUCUCUGCUUGCAAUCCCCUUUGAAUGCUUUUUCAAGCAUUCCUUCUGUAUUGGAUUAGAAGCUUACAUUAGGAAAGAAAAAAGUUGCAAAGAUUACUCACACCAAUAUCUGAGGACUUAAUCUAGUAGUUUUGCUUUAAACCUGAAGGGUGUGAGCCCACUUAAUCAGAAGACUAGUUAAGUAAAGAAUCCCUAAAGUAAAAAUACUCAGACCACAAUUAUUUUUUUUAAAAGAG